UUCCAUUCCCCGAACCGCCGAUUUCAAGCGCCAUAUAUCCGUCUGCAUAAUCUCGGAACCAUGGCGAAUGUAUUGAGGGGCUCCAUUCGUCGCUUCGCCACCACAGCGACACGCGCAGCGACUGCGGAGGCCACCAACUCAUAUGGAGUCCGAGUCUCCAAAGCUCAAGGCGUUGUCGACCAAUUGACAGGAGCCAUCGGAAAUACUCCUUUGAUCAAACUCAAGAAAAUCUCCGCCGAUACGGGAUGCAACGUGCUGGGCAAAGCCGAAUUCCAAAACCCCGGUGGCAGCGUCAAGGACCGAGCCGCGCUGUAUGUGGUAAAAGAUGCGGAAGAGCGAGGACUGCUGAAGCCAGGCGGCACAGUGGUUGAAGGCACAGCUGGAAACACAGGCAUCGGUCUUGCUCACGUUUGUCGAGCUCGAGGGUAUCGAUUGGUCAUCUACAUGCCCAACACACAGUCUCAGGGCAAGAUUGAUCUGCUGAGAUUACUGGGCGCCGAAGUCUACCCUGUCCCUGCCGUCGCAUGGGAAAACUCAGACAACUACAACUGGCAGGCGAAGCGUCAUGCAGAGCGGUUGCAAAAGGAGGAUCCAGAGCAUGGUGCUGUAUGGACCAAUCAGUUCGAUAACACGGCCAACCGAAGGGCUCAUAUUGAAACCACGGGGCCGGAGAUCUGGGCUCAGACCGAAGGCAAGGUGGAUGCAUUCACGUGCGCCACUGGCACUGGAGGGACUUUGGCGGGUGUGACUCGAUAUCUGAAGGAUGUCAGUGGCGGUAGGGUCAAGUCCUUCCUCGCUGAUCCUCCUGGCUCAGUUCUUUACUCGUACAUUAGCUCGGGAGGUCAAUUGAAGGAGAGAAGUGGUGGUAGCAUCACUGAAGGGAUUGGUCAAGGUCGAGUGACGGAUAACCUUGAAAACGAAGUCAAGGAACUUGACGGGGCACUGCACAUCGCGGACGAAAAAAGUAUUGAAAUGGUAUACCGAGCCCUCGACGAGGAAGGCUUAUAUCUUGGAGCCAGCAGUGCUCUGAACGUGGUGGCGGCUAAGGAAGUUGCUGAGCAAUUGGGCCCUGGACACACGGUGGUCACCGUGCUCUGCGACGGUGCAUAUCGUUAUGCUGAUCGACUCUUCAGCGAAAAGUGGCUGCAGUCGAAAGACCUAAGAAAGGUCAUUCCUAAGCACCUCGAAAGAUAUAUUGUUCUACCAUAGAUGCUCCAAUCCCAAAAAAAUCCAAUCCAUG